GGUAGUCCAAGAGGGUGAUGUAUUACCACCAGCAUAAUAAACACAUCUCCUUACUUCCAGGACGGUCACAGACUUUCUAAUUGGAUAGUGAUAAUUAAUGUUUAACAAAUAAGUACUGUAGCUAACUAAAAACAAAAAACAGCUUAGUAAAAUAAAUAAAUAAAUAAAGCUUGACUAAUACUAUACUGCAGUUUUACACUCACCGGGCAUUUUAUUAAGUACACCUUACUAGUACUGGGUUGGGCCUACUGUUGCCUCCAGAGCCAGCUUAAAUCUUUGUGGCACAGAUUCAACAAGGAGCUGGGUACCUUCCUCUGAGACUUUGAUCACACACAGCUCCUGCAGAUUUGUCGGCUGAACAUCCAUGAUGUGAAUCUCCUGUUCCAGGACAUCCUCCUGGAGUUGGACCUGGUGGCUGUGGCGGCCAUGUGUGUACAGUGAACUCAUUUUCGCUGCCAGUUUGAGAUUAUUUGAGCUUUGUGACAUGCUAUGUUAUCCUCCUGGAAGCAGAAGAUGGGUACACUGUGGUCAUAAAAGCUGGACAUGGGUUCAACGAUUCCGCUCUAUUUGGGAGCCGAUCUCCUCUCAAAGACUGAUGUGCGUACAGAAAACCAUCCAAGACACCAUGCCAAGUUUGCCAAGAAAGGCCUUGCAACAAAAAUAACUUUUCCCUCAGCUUUCAGGUUUCACGGCUUGAAGGUACCCUCUGCAAAUAACAGCCUGUGGUUCUACAGCAUUCAGGGACUUUUUCGAGUAGCCUUUGAGUUGUACAGUAAGCAAGAUCAGCUUGCUGUGCUGGAGAAUUUCCAGGAUGUCUGGAAAGCACAGAUCAGUGACAGCCCUCUGGAAGUGAGUUACAGCCUCAGCGUGCAGCUGGACCCUUCAGGGUCGCUCAGCCAGCGUGACUCACAAUCAAAGGGUGUAAUAUCACAGCCUCCUUAUUGCCAGGCUGACAAGGACGUGGUAGAUGUUAGUAGCAUGGACACUGCUGACACAUCAGCAGAUCAUGAUUAUUGUUCUCUUCCCAAGCAGAGCUUACAAUCUGAGCAAAGAGAAGAAGUGAUAUCCACAGUGAGACAAAAAUUGCACGGCUUGGAUGAACAGUUCUCCUCGGAGCCUAGAAACUGCUCAGAGCAGCUGGAGACGGUCUUGCUGCUUUUGGAGAACAUUGAUCGCUACAUAAAUGGGAGACUUGAAGAAAAAGAUGCGACGGAGAUUGUGCUGGCUCUGCUAAAGGCCAAAGACUGGGGCCCAGUGUAUUCAAGCAGUCUGCUCACUUGUAUAGGACGUUGGCUUGGCCAGCAGUUUCAUGCAGCCAACAGCAGCAUCAGCCAGAAGGUGGAGGGCUUUAAACUUCAGCACAUUGAGCGCAUCAGCGACCUGCCACCUGCUGAGGAACUAGCCACAGAGCUGUUCCCUGAAGCGAUGCGGACGCUGCUGCUUCACUGGAUGGGCUUAAGUGAGGACUUCAGCCUUGAAAAGAGACGCAGCGAAUACCCAAUCCUGCUCCUCAUCCUCGAGUUUGCCAACCACAACCUCAUCACUGGCGUAGCUCAUGUGUUGUACUCCAGUCUUAUAUGCAGGUAAAAGUGUCAACAUAAGACCUGUUUUUCAAUGGAACAACGUUUUAUAUUCAAAUAAAGGUUUAUUUUGUGCGUGUGUGUACAUUACUAUACAUAUAACUCCUCUUAGGUUGGGUAAGGUUCAGUAUUAGCAAAAACAUUUGUUACACAGUACCCUGCAAAAAUCUCCAGAUUCUCAUUUCUUACUUUUGCUAGGAAAAGAGAUAUGGGUGGAGAUUGAUCAAAACACACUAUCUAAUAUAGAAAGAACAGUGGCUGAGAUCCAAACAAGCUUAAAGUCAGUAUCUGGUUGUGACCACCUUUAUUAGUGUUUCAUUGUGUUUUUACUGUCUAGGUAUGUUUUUGCUGCAUUGACAGUGUGCUUGGGUUCACUGUUAUGCUAAAAAAAUAAAACCUCUGACCAUCAGAUAUUUCCAGGUGGUAUUGAGUGGUGGAUCAAAAUCUGACUGUACUUUUCUGGGUUCACAGUUCAAUCAGUUUUGAUUAAAUCUCUGGCACCACUGGCUGAAAUGCAGCUCUAUGACAGAGCCUCCACCAUGUUUUACACACAGUAG